CAAUCAAAAUUAUGUUGACCAGGAUUUGCAAGUUGAGAAGAUGAGGCGAAUUCCGCGCAUCAAAUUCCCGCAGAGGCACCCGAAAUCCUCCGAUGCAGCAGGAUCUGCAUCCCAGACCCAAGCUGCUCCGAGCACUGAAAACGUUUCAAUCAUAUCUGCUUCGAGGUCAGAUGUCCCAGCACCUCCAAGCAACAUGGCGGUGGGAGGGCAAGCUUCACUCCAGCCAAAACGUAGUCCUGUCUCGGAUAAGGAAAUUGAAGCUAUUCUGUUAGGUGGAUGCUUCUAGUUGUAGUCAGAGGUACUGGGAUCAAGGAGGGAGACUGAAUUACCUUUCAGACAAAGCGGUUUCUCCUUCUUGUUCUAUGUUUAAAUGCCUAUCGAUACGUUCACCGGAUAAGGCAACUGAUUGUAAAUUUCCUUUGUAUCUAUAUACUAAUCAGCCAGGACUAUGUUCUGAAUAAUCUUUUUUGGUAGAUAAAGAGGCUGGAUGUAUCUUGAAAGAGACAAGAUGUCGUGAAGAUAAUGCUUUGAUGCUCCGUGUUUAAGAUUUUCAUUGCAUGAGUGGCCUAAAGCUUUGGUUGUC